CUUUAAAUCCAACUUCCCAACUCGGCGGCGACAUCUCCAAGGAGACGACGCCAUUGUUGAUACGCUUCCUCCUCCUCCACCUCCUCCUCCUCUUCUCUUUCUCUAUCUCUCGCGCUAAAGCUCGAGCUCCCUCGACAAUGGCCAUGGCGCAGGCGGCGGCGGCGGCGGUGGCGAGAUCCGUGGGAGGCGGGGCCGCGUCUCCUCUCUUGUGCCCUAGCUCCGGAUCUGGUGCUCGCAGGAGCCCGAUCGAAGCUCUCAAGCCGUCGAAGCUCUCGGGGAGGUUUUAUGGGGAGAAGGAGCGGAGGGGUGGGAGGGGAAGCGGGCGCCGCCGCCCCUUUGAGGUUGUCGCAGUGGCGAGCAAGUUGCCCCGAGUUGACGCCGCGGAGGUUCUUCCCGUUUCCCCGGAGGAUGUCUCGAAGGAAGAAGAGAGCUUUAGGCAUCUGAAAAGCAUUCAGCAGGUAGGGCAAGCGGCACCGGGAGUGUGGUCGAAGCCCAACGUGAGGCGCAAGACGAAGAUCGUCUGCACCAUUGGCCCAUCCACCAACACGCGGGAGAUGAUUUGGAAGCUCGCUGAGACUGGCAUGAAUGUCGCUCGGCUUAACAUGUCUCAUGGAGAUCAUGCCUCUCAUCAGAAAGUUAUUGAUCUCGUGAAGGAGUACAAUGCCGAGAACAAAGACAAUGUGAUCGCCAUCAUGCUCGAUACGAAGGGGCCAGAGGUCAGGAGCGGUGACUUGCCGCAGCCAAUAACAUUGACAAGUGGUCAGGAAUACACAUUCACGAUAAAAAGAGGGGUCGGGACAGAGACCUCUGUUAGCGUAAACUAUGAUGACUUUGUCAGUGAUGUGGAAGUUGGUGACAUGCUUCUUGUAGAUGGGGGAAUGAUGUCUUUGGUGGUCAAGUCAAAGACUGUGGAUUCUGUGAAAUGUGAAGUUGUUGAUGGAGGUGAACUCAAAUCUCGGCGGCAUUUGAAUGUUCGAGGAAAGAGUGCAACCUUGCCAUCCAUAACUGAUAAGGACUGGGAAGAUAUUAAGUUUGGGGUUGAGAAUCAAGUGGAUUUCUAUGCUGUAUCUUUUGUCAAAGAUGCUAAAGUUGUUCAUGAAUUAAAAGACUAUCUCAAAAGCAGUGGUGCUGAUAUACAUGUGAUAGUGAAAAUUGAAAGUGCAGAUUCCAUUCCUAAUCUGCAUUCUAUUAUCACUGCAUCAGAUGGGGCUAUGGUAGCUAGGGGUGACCUUGGAGCUGAGCUCCCAAUUGAGGAGGUCCCACUAUUGCAGGAAGAGAUCAUUAGAAUGUGCAGGAGUAUGGGCAAAGCGGUUAUUGUUGCUACAAACAUGCUGGAAAGCAUGAUUGUUCAUCCUACGCCAACUCGAGCAGAGGUCUCAGACAUUGCAAUAGCAGUUCGUGAGGGCAGUGACGCUGUAAUGCUUUCUGGGGAAACUGCUCAUGGAAAAUUUCCACUGAAAGCUGUUAAGGUCAUGCAUACAGUAUCCUUGAGGACAGAGGCAACUAUGGUUGGAGGGGAAACACCUACCAACCUUGGUCAGGCUUUCAAGAACCACAUGAGUGAAAUGUUUGCAUAUCAUGCAACAAUGAUGUCGAACAAUCUUGGAACAUCAAUUGUUGUUUUCACCAGGACAGGUUUCAUGGCCAUCUUGCUUAGCCAUUAUCGGCCUUCUGGCACCAUAUUCGCCUUCACUGAUCAGGAGAGAGUGAGGCAGCGAUUGGCCUUGUACCAAGGCGUGUGCCCUAUAUACAUGCAGUUUUCAGAUGAUGCAGAGAAGACAUUCAACGAGGCCUUAUCUUACUUGCAGAAGCAAGGCAUGGUGAAGGAAGGUGAGGAGGUAGCCCUUGUUCAAAGCGGAAGACAAGCCAUUUGGAGGUCCCAAUCCACUCACAAUAUCCAGGUCAGGAAGGUUUAAUAUUCGUAGUGUUGCAUUCGUCGACCUUUGCUCAUCACCAUCCAAAGGAAGAAGGGAAGAGAUUUGCGGCAUUUCUCUGGUGAAACAAUCAAAACUCCAUCCUCAGUUUGGUAAAAGAUUGUUGUGUGUUUGCUUUGUUUUAGAAUCAGUUGCAGUUGACUCCUGUUAGCAAAUUUUUGAAGUUUCUGUGAAUCAAUUAUAUUAAAAUCAGCCUGGUGUACUGUUAUCUGAACCCACUUGUAUUCAAAUUUUUUUUCUUGAAUAUGUUUUUGUGAGAAACAAGAAGAGGCCUUAUUGCUCUUACAAUGUGCUUACCAUUUGUUUAUUGUGAACUGGAUUACUGGUAAAA